UACUGCGGCGAUUUGAUUUGACAGGUCAGCUUCGAGCCACUUUUUAGCUUUUCAAGUAGCGUAUUUUCAUUUUAUUUUGUGUUAUCCUUUCAUUUACGCGUCGUAAAUUAUGUUUGAUUAGCCCUAAAAGUAGAUAAAUUCGUUUAUUAUAGUUGUUGUAAGUGCACUUACAGUGUUACAUAAACUGUAGAGCGCUAAUCGUGUCGGCAGACCCGAUGUGUAUAACUACAUAGUACGUCAGUGAACGAAUGGUGGCCGUAAGAUAAUGGAUGUGGAUGCUCCUAACUUACUGAAAAGGUGCAGCAGCGCACCCCUUAUCAAUGAGGCAGCCUCUACAGCGGUGACCUCGCCUUCCACCAACACUGCGCCCAGAAGCGCCCCUUUCUUCAGCAUGCUGUCUAACAACAACUUGUCGCGGAUGCGGCGGUAUAGCGGGAGCAGCUUCAGCCCGCUCUCCGCGCCUGUCAAUUCUACUCAAAACUCGUGGGCGCCGCGUCUGACGCCGCGCGUGAACCAGCUGCGCGCGGAAGAGUGCGCGGACGUGGCCAACACUCGCGAGGUGGCACACGAGCGCGAGGUGCACUCCGCCAUGCAGAUGGGGCAGUCCUGCGAGGACCUGACCCUCGUGGCCGGCCUGCAGAACUCGCCCACGAGGCUACACAGGUAA